CUGCAUAACAGGAAGGAUGCGGUGUGCAGUGCAUGGACCAGCGACUUGUGAACUUUCGAAAAAUUAAGGGAAAUUGUCUGACACCUCAGGUUUGAAGAAAAGAACGAAAAGAAACAGCCAGGACUCAACAAUGCGUUUAUUUGCAAAUGAAGCGCUCUUAAGUGAAUGAUAAACUAACUGCUGUAUCCAUGAGCACAGGAGCCUUUCUAUCUUCGUUUGGACCGCGGAAAAAUUAUAGCCGAACUAACGAUUGAUUAACACCUGUCAAGAAGCAGAGUCAUCUCUGACACAACAACGAUCAUAGCCAGCCUGGAUGUGGCUGCACUUUCAUAACCCUUAACACACUUCACAGGCCCUUUAAAAGUUUAGAGUAUCAGAACAUCUUCAACAUUACUGGACUAUAAACUCGUGUUUGUGUGACGUCAGACAACCCAGGCAGGAUGCCCAUCCUUAAGCAACUAGUGGCUGGCUCAUCGCAGACCAAACGACGUUCUCGAAUGGACCUGACCACAGAGAUGAUAAGCGCUCCUUUAGGGGAUUUCCGCCACACCAUGCACGUGGGCCGCAGCGGAGACGCAUUUGGUGACACCUCGUUCCUCAGCAGCCACUCUGGAGAGCCACCGAGGGAGACCAGAGCUUUCCCCCGCUCCCCCAAACCAGGCCUGCUGACCCGCACCUUCAAGGCCAGCAAACGUUCCCAAUCUGUCACCCGUGUGGACAAGAGAGAGAACUUGUUAGUGCCCCCUGAUGGUUCACCCACGUUCGUGAAGAACGCCAUGUCCUUGCCUUUCCUCAAUGAUGAAAAUGGAGGGCAAGGAGAUGGAGGCAGGGCGCUGAAGAGCCUCUCCUCUAGCCCCAUGAAGCAGCAACCUUCUAACGGAGCAACCGGGCACGUUCUUGACCUGGAGAUGCAUGAACAACUCUUUGGGGAGCUCACUGACCUACGUUCUAUCCCACAGUUCAAUGGGGGAGGACUGAAGAAGGCGGAGUCUGUCAUGUCAUUCCAUGUUGACCUGGGCCCCUCCAUGCUGGGGGACAUUCUGGGAGUCAUGGAGAAGGAGGAUGAUGACCUGGGCUUUGAGGAGGGAAAAAGUAGCGAAGGACGUGCUUCUCCUCCUCUCAGCGCUCAGGGAGGAGACGAAGAGGAGCAGGCAGAGGAGGAGGAGGAGGAAGAGGAGGAGGCAGAGGAGGAGGAAGACGUGGUGACAUUGAACAAAGAGGAGCAGCCAAAGGAAGCAGAGGUGGAGAUCAAUGACCAGCCUCCAACUUCAGUGGAUCCAGAGAACCAGGUGGAGACCCAUGACUCUCCCAAACUCCAACCUACACAUCAACAGCAUCUCGACAGCUGCUCUGUGUCCAGUUCAAGUUCUGCCGCCUUGGAGGAGAAACCAGCCAGCCAGAAAAACGAGGGAGACACAGACAGCACCAACUACUAUUCUCACCAAGGAGACGAAGGAGCCUUCUCCUCCUUUUUAGAGGACGAAGAUGACGAAAUCCGUGUAUGAGACUCAACGAGCAUUGUCAAAGCCAACUCAGAGCGGCGGGAAAAAAAAGAGUACAGUUCAGACUAAGUUUGACAGGCGUCGACAGUACCGUGACUAUGCUAAUCAGAAACAGAAACCACAGGACUGCUGUCAGUCAAGGCCAGACUGAUGCGCUCUGGUUCCCCUAUCUCUGAGAAGAGAGAAAAGGAUAGGCUGCACUCACUGCUGAGACUCAGACCACAUAACCAUCUUUCACACCCUCCACUCAUUGUCAGCUCAGCAGCUCUGCCUGUUUGUUUUGAGAUGGGACUGAUAUGGAAGACGAUUUCCGUCUGCACUCAUUUAAAGAACGCAGCACAGUGGUUUCAGACUGUAUUGGGACAGUGAUAUAAAUAUGUCCCAAUCAAAUGUUAAACACUGAAAAAAAUCCCAAACUGAAGCAUACCUUGCGUAACCUAUUCACUCUGUGCACACAACGCCCUCAUCUCACCCUGUGUCUUUCCGAAGGUCACGGUCUGUUAGUUCUGGAUGAGGUCUGGGAUAUAAAUCUUUUUUUUUUUCUUUCUCCACAGUGACUGGUCUUGCUCUAGUGGUGACCAGUCCCUGCUCAUAAAACAGGGUUGUUUAGUCCCGCUUCUGCUAAUGUAAAAAUCGGGGGGGGGGGGGGGGGUCCGGAUUUAAAAUCACAACAGAAGGAGAACCAGAGAUAGUGCUAUUAGAUUAUGUGAUAAAGAACCCCAGGCCCUGCAUGCAUGCUCUUGCCUGUGUUCAAUCUCUGUCUGAAAGCCAUACGAUGUCAAGGAGAAGACUCAGAGACAGGAGCCAGAGGUAGCGGAGGCCUCCCUGGUUUAUGCAGGGUGACUCGGUUACACAUCCGGUAACGUUGUGCAGUGACAUGCAAAAAAACAAAAAAAGAAAGAAAGAAAAAAAUUCCCACACUAAAGAGUCUGAUCUGGUUAAUGGCGGAAGCUGUAAGUGGGGUGGGGUGGAUUUGUCGGCCAGAGGUGUUCGUGGGCAGACUGGAGAAGAGGUUAACAGGUUUUUACCUUUAUCAGGACUGAUUGUGUUGUAUGUCGGUGUUCACUGUUUUUUUUUUUGUUUUUUUUUUUCCUUCUCUUCUGUUUGCUUUCAAACACAAAGUAUCUGUCUUUUCUCACCACUUCCUUCCUUUCUAUUCACAUGACAGGAUCUCAGUAGCUCUCUGUGUAUGUAAUAAAGUAUAAGAGCCGUUCUCUGCGUCUGCGUCUCCUCCAAGAGAGCUCACCUUCCACGUCCUUGAUUAGUCCAAAACUGUCAGUGUGAGACUAAGCGAAGCCAUCCAUGUGAGAUCUAGUUUUGCUCUUUAUGUAAAUUAUAAUAUUAAUUUAAGUGCGUCCAUUGCAUUAAUCUACCUGACUGGUUUAUGUGUGACCAGGAGCAAGGGCUUGUCACCAUGAAUUUUAGCCUUAUUAUCGCUCAAGAUACCUUAAGAAGAUACAGCUGCGUGAGUGUGUUUGUGUGUUUGUGUGCAUGUGUAACUUACACUAUUUAGCAACACAGACACUAACUUUUGGUUAAGUUUAGUCCUGCAGUUGCUCAGUGACUUAUCUCUUGUCAGAUAGUGGUUCAUUGAAGCAGCGCUGUUUUCUGUUGUCUUUUUUAGGUGAGGGCUUAGGUGACUUGUACUCUGAAAAGCUACUGUCAGAUUGCAGCCAGCUGAAGUUUUGUGGUAUUCUGACUAGCAGAACUGAUUCACAGGAGGGUUUUUUUUCAGCCUUAAGUAGCAAUUACAGAAGUGCCAAAUUUAAUCUAGCCUAGAGUCUUAAAUUACACAGACUACUGAAUAUCAUUAAACAUGGGAUUUCUGAGGGGUUCUCCCGUCUUUAUUUUAGGAUAGUCAAAUCCUGGGGCUAAACAAGAAGAAUUUUCUUAUGUUAAUACGGUUUGAAAUACGGGAGAGUGGCGGCGUUACUAUUGUAAAUUGAAAAUAUCAGAAUAUAAAUACAGAGGGAAACUAUAUGUCAACAAGUCAAAAGCAUCUACAUGAUCUUAUUUUGUGUCUAAACUUUUUUUUUUUUUUUAUUUUGGGUUAAAAAUAUGGAAAAAUAUACCCUGAUAUUCCAGCUUUAUCUGCAAUGAGAGACAAGACAUUUUUAAGAGUGUGUGACAGACAGAUUAACUGACUGUUUCUGUUUGAGAUAUGGAUGAAAGCUGUGUGUUUUUUCUGAUAUUGUAUAGAUAAUACUGUUCAUUACCCUCUUAUUGGUCUGUUCCUACUUUUAUGUGUUAUAAUUAUGUACAGUAUUAUGCUUUGCAUUCUUCUGCGCUAUAAUUGCUAUAUUUUUCAAUAAAGGAGAAAAGUUGUCAUUA